AUUUAUGGGCCGACGAUCCAACAUGGCGGACGACUCGGCCAUCAGCAACGUAGGACCGUGAAAAACAUCACAUAUGCUGCCGAUGUGCUCUCUAGAAGGAGAUAUUUAGAUAUGCAAAGGAAAAUGGGGGACAGUUCAUUAUCGACGGUUGCGUGGGGAGGGUUGGCGUUGGUGCUGUUUGUGGGGACAUUUGGACCCUUUGGCGGAGUUUUCCUGGUUCUGUACCUGGUUUGCUUCCUUGUGGGGGCGUUUGUGGUACUGUACAGAAGGGGGAAGGAGGAGUCUAUUGUAGAGCUGCAGCAGAGAUCAGUCAACAGAUUAGAGAGGACCUACGAUGGAAUACCAAAGCUUGUGGAAGAGGCACAGAAAACAAGGCAGUACAAAACAGACCAGAGACUGACAGGAUCCAGCACUAUUGAUGAGCCACUUCGAGAGGUGUUAGACUACACAUUCCGGGACUACGUCCAGAACUGGUACCAUGACAAGAUCAGCGACGACGAGGGCUUUCUGCACGACCUCAGGCUCAUGACCCAAAGAGUCAUCAUUGCUUUUGCUAACAAAUCCAAAGAAGUAGAAUGGGUGCCAUAUUUCACCACCAGACUGGUGGACGACUUUGCUUCUCAUCUCAGACUCUUCAGGAAGGCCCAGGAAAAGGUGCUGAAGGCUGAGAAAAACCCUGAUGGUACUCCGAGGCCGCAGGACGACCUUGAGAGCAUCUUCUUUGACCUUGAGGCAGACAUGGAAAAAACCAUUUGCCGAGACUUGAUCUGCACAUCAGACCAGAGAGAAAUAGAAUACCUACAGGACCUGUCUGAGGUGCUGCUUUAUCUGCUGCUGCCACCAGAGGACUUCCACAACAAACCCUUCAGGUUCAUUGUCAGGGAGAUCCUGGUGAAUGGAAUGAUUCUGCCGACAAUCGGCACAUUCUCCGACCCAGACUACGUCAACCAGACUGCCGUGUGGCUGAUCAAGGAUUCCUGUUUUGUAAACGAGGCAUUCCUGACAGUCAUCAAGUGUGGAGACGAGAUCGGGGAACUGGAGGCCGUCAUGGAGAGGGUCGAUGCCGAAAUCGCCAAAACAAGAGCAAGAGACACAAGCGGAGACGACUCUGAUACAAAACAGCAGCUGAACAGCUUGAUGUUUGUAAAACAGCUGUGUGAGAGAAGGGUACAGCAGCUGUACAGUGGGGACACUGACUCUCCUCCUGUGGACACAGACGAGAUAGGGGGGAUACGGGAGGGCUGGCUGUACCAGCUGCCACUAGAUGUUGCAUUAAUUAACAACGUAGCCUUGUCAUACUUCAUAGAUUUUCUCACGGCGAGCGGUCGACAAGGGUACGUGUUUUUCUGGCUGACCGUGGAGGGUUUCCGGGUGUCAGCGACUAUGCAGAUCCAGAACGACUCCAGGGGGCCUGACUACGAGAUGCUCAGGGCAGCCGCGCUCAACAUUUACGAGCAGUAUCUGUCAGAAAAGGCCUCCCCAAGAGUGAAGCUUGAGGACAGCCUAGUCAAGUCUAUCUACAACAGCAUCAUCAAGGACACACCGACAGCUGGGAUAUUUGAUGAAGCUCAGAAAAGGGUGUUUUCCAUUCUGCAAGAGGACAAGUUUUACCCGGCUUUCAAGCGAUCGCCUGCCUACGUGAAGCUUUUGGCAGAGCUGGAACUUCUCAAGGACCCGGAGGUUGGGCCAGACCCGGAGGAGGGCAUCGAAGCUCUUGAAGGAUCAGGAUCAUGGUUGCUAAGCCCAAUCAGAGAGGACCAGAUCAAGCUCACUGCCAAGAUCAUGCAGACAGGAAUUUGUAAGGAGCAUGGGAAGCAGUACGCGCUGUACGCCAUCAAUGUGAGGAAAGAGACGCCGAUCGAGGAGGAGGUCUGGGACACGUUCCGCAGAUACAGCGACUUCCACGACCUUCACAUGAGGCUCAAGGACAAAUUUGACUCCCUGUACGCUCUAAAACUUCCUGCCAAGAAGACGUUUAAAAAUCUCAACAAGGAGUUUUUGGAGAAGAGGAGAAAAGAGCUGAACCAGUAUUUGCAGACGUUACUGUGUGAAGAUGUUCUGAAGAACAACCCGGGGAUGAAGGAAGCCAUGUUGGAUUUUCUGGAGAACAAGGCCUACAACAAGGGCAAAGGUCAACUGGCUAGAAAGAUGGAUACGCUGGUGAACCCACUGCGGAACUCAGUCAGGAACACGUUUAACGUGGUCAAGUCCAUGCCGGACAACCUGGUUGAGGGUGUGGGGAAAGUUUCCGACGGCCUGGGGAAAGUAUCAGACUCUGUGUCAGACAAACUCGGCAAGAUUGGCAACAAGGUCUUGAAGUCCCCACAAGGAUAUGACGACUGCAAAGUCUCGGCACACAUCGAAGACAAUAUCGAUGACAACAUUCCGCUGCGCAUCAUGCUGCUGCUGAUGGACGAGGUGUUUGACCUGAAGGAUAAGAACCAGUGGCUGCGGCGGCAGAUCGUGGCCCUGCUGCAGCAGAUCAUCCGCGCCAUCCUCGGGGACAAGAUGAACCGCAAGAUCGUGGAGCAGGUCGGCGUGCUCACCUCCGCAGAGCAGGUCGCAGAGUACGUCAAACAGUUCAGGGAUGCGUUCUGGCCAAACGGAGUCCUGGCUGACCCGGCAGAGAUCAGAGAGAAGAACAUUUGUAUGAGGACCAGAGUCGCCGCCAAGACGAAAAUGCUGGGCAGCAUCCCAGAUGAGUUGAAGCACGUGAUUGGUGCCGAGACGACGAGAAAAGGAGUGACGCGCGUCUUCGAGAUGUGCCAGUACCCGCGGCUGAACAGGAGGCUUCUCUACGUCGUCCUGGAGGGGAUCCUGGAGACCCUCUUCCCGGAAAACAAGUUCCGGGAAAUCUUCACCAAGCUGCACUCCAAGUCGCCCAGGAUAAAGGCCAGGAUGGACACAAGAGCGCCCCCCGGCGGACAGAACAAGAAAGACAGGUGGAAACAGCAGAUGUCAUGAGGACAUUCUUGGGUUGACUCAAAAUAAAUCUUUUAUACACAAACUUAAUUAAUUAAAGGCAUCCUAUGCAAUCUCAGGG